AUGGCACUUAGGAACAUUGAAAACGCUCUUCCGAUCUCACAGGAACGACCUAAGAAGCUUCCUAAACUCUCAAAGCAGCCGGAGAUUGGUCUGAACGACGAGAACAACCCCGUUCCUCCGCCUGAAUCAUCCAUUGAGUAUGUCGCUUCUGAAAAUCUCAAACCAUUUCCAGAUCCGGAAUCCUCUGUUCAGAGAUUGCUGGAAGAAUUAGCAUCAAAGGAUUGGAUCAAAGUGUGUGAAUCACUGAACAACACAAGGAGAUUCGCAGUUCAUCACUCUUCUCUGUUGCUACCCAUUCUAGAAAAGCUUAUUGUUGUGAUGGUGAAGGCAAUGAAGAACCCUAGAAGCGCAUUGUGCAAGACCUCGAUUAUGACUUGCUCAGAUAUCUUCAAAUCAUAUGGAGAAAAGUUACUGGAAGGACCUCAUUUGAAAUCAAUGGAUGAUCUGCUACUGCAGCUGCUAAUGAAAGCUUCACAAGACAAGAAGUUUGUGUGUGAAGAAGCAGACAAAGCACUGAACACGAUGGUUAACUCUGUGGCUCGCUUGCCUCUUCUGCGUAAGCUCAAAACUUACGUCCGUCACAGUAACCCUCGUGUCAGGGCCAAAGCCGCUGUGUCUACCUCAAACUGCGUUUCCAAAAUGGAUCUACACGAAAUGGAAGAAUUCGGGAUGGUUAUGAUUGCUCAAAUGGCGGCGGAUUUGUUGAGUGACAAGUUGCCGGAGGCUAGGGAAGCAGCGAGGAGUAUGGUGAACUCGGUUUACGAGAAAUUCCCAUGGAAUGAAGAAGAAGAAGAAGGGAACAAACAAGAAGCGUGGCAGAAGUUUUGUGAGAAGAAUGUAACAGGGCUCAAUGCGCAAGCCAUGAUCAAGAUCGUCUCAUCUCAAUAA